AUGGCUCACUGCGUAUCAUCUGAGCCCAACACAACGGUACAUGCUAACGUAGAUCAGAGCAUGAAGCCGGUUCUGUUUGAAAUCUUUGGCGAGAUAUGGACCGUCCAGUCGCGGCUCGGCCAGGGAGUGUCGGCCUCGGUCUACCGGGUCAGUUCAGGCAGAGCUGCCACCGCUGCUGUCAAGGAAUUUCAGGCCGACACUAAGGGAGGAGAUUACGGGUAUCACAAGGAGAGGUCCGUGCUCGAGGAGAUCCAGGGGCAUAAAAACAUCGUUACAUUGUACGGUGUUUUCACCAACCAUAACUGUAUGGGUGUUGCCACUAGAUGUCUUCUCUUGGAGCUCUUGGAUGUGAGUGUGUCAGAGCUGUUAGUGAGAGGCAACAGUGAUACCCAAAGUGGAAGACUGCAACAGGGCCACUCUAUGUGGCUUGUUCAGCACUGUGCCAGAGACAUCUUGGAGGCUCUUGCCUUUCUUCACAGGGAAAGCUACGUUCAUGCCGACCUCAAGCCACGAAACAUUCUCUGGAGUGCUGAUGACGAGUGCUUCAAGCUCAUUGACUUUGGCCUCAGCUUUAAAGAGGGAAACCAGGAUGUUAAGUACAUCCAGACAGAUGGGUAUCGUGCUCCGGAGGCUGAACUGCAGAACAACCUGGCUCAGGCUGGGAUGGGGGAAGGGGGAGACUCAGGCUGUACAGCUGCUGUGGACUUGUGGAGUUUGGGCAUCAUCUUGUUGGAGAUGUUCUCAGGAAUCAAACUCAAAGACACUGUCCGCUCAGAGGAGUGGAAGGAUAACUGUACUGCCAUUGUUGAUCAUAUCUUUGCCAGCAACAGUCUGGCAUGCCCUGCCAUUCCUGUCUAUCACCUAAGAGACCUUAUUAAAAGCAUGCUUCUAAUUGACCCAAAGCAAAGAUGCACAGCUGAAACUGCCCUGCUGAGCCCAUUCUUCAGUAUUCCCUUCGCUCCUCACAUUGAGGAUCUGGUCCUACUCCCUUCACCUGUUCUGCGUUUGUUGAACCUGAUUGAUGACAGUCAUCUGCACAACGAAGAGGAGUAUGAAGACAUUCUGGAAGACAUGAAAGAGGAAUGCCAGAAGUAUGGCUCAGUGGUUUCUCUGCUUAUUCCCAAGGAGAACCCGGGAAAAGGACAGGUGUUUGUUGAAUAUGCCAGUUCCAGUGACUCCAAAGAAGCGCAGAAGUUGCUGACAGGCCGCACAUUCGAUGGAAAAUUUGUUGUGGCCACAUUCUACCCUCUCAGCGCUUAUAAAAGAGGUUACUUGUAUCAAACUGUACAGUGAAUUCUUACAGCUCAAUUUACACCUCCGCAUUGUGUUUGCAUGAAAAGAGGGUAGGUGCACCAACAGGUCUACAUGUUAAUCGUGUGAAUUUUGCAGUGUGUGAAUCAGCCUCCAGUUUAAGUUAUGGCAGCAUUUUCUGUUCCAGCUCCCAGUUUGUACUGUUUCAUAGAAACCAUGUCAGAGAGUAAUUACAUGAGAAUCCUCCAGGGUUAUAUUUUAAUAGUUACAGUUAUAGGUAAAAGUUUGUUUUAAGGGAUGUAAUUCUAAACAUUUACUGUAGUAGGCCAGCACUGGUCUUGCUGUAGUAAUGAGUGGGUGUUUUAUAUUACAUGUCUAAAAACUGGGCUUCCUGUUAAGACAUUUUGUGGUGAAACUAGUGUCAUGUCCUGUGUUGUUAUAUUAUUAAUGCCUAUUUAUUUAUCGAAAGCAUACAAAGUGGUACAAAGUGAUACAAAGGGGGGUACUUUUCACUCUCUCUGCUCGGCAUUGUGCUUAACCCCAGCUGGCAUCCUCAAAGAAUCAUUGUUGAUCAUGCUCCAGAUUAGUAAGACUUAGUCCUGUUUUUGAGUUAGUGAUGACAUAUGAAUAUUUAUGAAGAUGUGCAGGAAAUGAUGAUAUAUAUUUUUUUCAUAUUUUAUCCCUCUCAGCAAAUGAAUUUGCCUAUAGGAAAAAAAACAUACUCCUAGGACUAAGGUGUGCAAUCAGCACAGGAAAGCAGUGCAUUUUACACCUACUGUAGGCCUUCUGACGUCCUACCUUAAUAGAUACACCUCAUAAUACCAUCUAUAUGACACCACGCCUCGAAUCCAUACAGAAUGACACUUACACAUUACAUAUUAAUAAAAAAACUAUUCAAGCAACACCUAAUUUUAAUUAAGUAAAUAAUCUUAUUAAUAAGCUUAUUAAUCAAUAAGUUCACAUUUACGAUUAAGGAGGAAACUAAUAUCACAGAUACUGUCAAAAUAUAAACAAUCUACAGUAUAUUAAAAUAUGUGAGCUCAAACAAGUUUGUGCAAUAAGCUGCACAUAAGACACCAACUAGCUUACAAGGGGUUGACCGACCUCUUUUCACUAGAUCCAGCUUUUUGUGAACAGUCCAUUUUGAAAAUGAUGUAAAUUGAUAUUGACAUCCAAAUAUAUCCCUUCUCCUCCUUCAGCCAUUAUCGGUUAAAAAGUACAGCGAUAGUUGUUGGUAGCUAAUGGAUCUCUGAGUUUGGUUCUGAAUUUCAGGCCCUAAUGAGUUACGGGACACGAACAUGUCACAUUCAGCCUAAGGCCUUCUAGCUGGCCUUGGUGUUGCAGACUUGAGGUCUGAUUGGCUAUCACAAUUGACUUAUUUCAUUCUGAAGGCCUCAGGCAGAUUUCAUGGAGCCUGACAACACAAGCCUGCUGAAAUAUGAUUAGCUAAAUACUCCACCAUAAUAUGCAGUACAACCAAGUGGAUAUAAUAUAUGAAUUUGAAGAAGAUGAAUUUGCAAGUUGCAAAUGUAAUUUUGUUUUCUUAAUUUAGUUAAUUUUACAACAGUGGGUGAAGGAUCACAUCAAGCUAUGGCACACUAAAACAAUACACACUAUCUACAAGUGCCCUGUGGCAUUUACAAGCUAGCUACCUAACCAAAAUGCUGCUAUAACAACAGCUUUUGCUACGCCUGUGACUACUCACGUAGCUUAAGCUGAUGCAGAUGCUUUAGACAGUCCUCCCCGUCUAGUCCUUUUCAAUAACACAAUCAGACUGUUACAGAUGUGGAGAAGACAUUUAUUUUAGUUUCUUCAUCUACAUGCCUGAAGCUCAAGCUAGUUUAUGAAUUUUUUUUAUUAAACAACUCCACUGCAGCAACAGGUGACACUGGUGGUGUGCUAAUGCUGUUCAUUUGCUAAAUGAUAAAAAUGUAAUAUUCCUAAAUUAAUUUGAGCCAUAAACUUUAUAUUUAUUUAGUUUACACUUGAGGAAAAAUACACUUAAUUUUUUUUAACAACCAACACUAACUGCUAGGUAAACUUGAACUGAAAUGAGCACAAGUCAUUUCUGCUGCCUUUUCAUUUUAUUUGUAGGAAGAUGAAUGUGAUAUUUAAGGUUUGGUGUGAGCUAAUUUUGUACAGCACAAAUGCAAAACUCCACUAUUUGUACACGGGUAAAGCACUGUGACUAAUUGUGAAGGGAAAAACUGCAUAAUAAUGCAAAAUGAAAAAUAUUACAUAGUCUUACAUUUAAGUCUUCUGUGUGAGACUUAAGCAUGCUGUGCAUAAAAUGUAAUGAAUCUAGCAUUCAAGUUAGCUGCAAAUAUUCAAGUAAUCCAGAAUGAGAGAGUAUGGUGUCAGCCUGUGGAACAAAAAUUGUACAACAGAAUGUAGAACUGUAUAGUGAUGAUGAUCGCUUCAAAUAGUUCUCUGUAAAGGAAUUGGAUUCAGUUAUUAUGUGUGUUAAACUCCAAGCCAUAACUUCCAUUUAAGAUUGUGAAUAAUAAUUUCUAUAUUUUAAUCGCAUUAUGGUAGCACUUGGUUUGAGCUACUGGACAAAUGAGAAAGCACAAUGAUAACCCUUGUGAUUUGUAUUGUCACGUGAAUACACAAUAAUGCAAACAUAGUCACAAAUGCUUUAUUCCAAUUCUGCUAAAUGAGUCCUCUAGCCUUUACACAUUGCACCUUUAAUGUUAAUAAAUAUUCUGCCACUCUUUUAAGUGGUAAUAAAUAUUUUAAUUCUAACAACAUAUGUAGAAAGUGUUAAAGGAAAAAAUGUGGUUUUGUCUUAACUUUAAAUUUUGUUGUACGUGUCUAAAACGUGUAUUCCAAAGUUUACGCAUGACAGCACAGCUGGUUGAAAAAUCUAAAAUGAAACCUGAAUUUGACCACUCUAAAUGACUUACUUAAACUUACUUACUACACAGCGCUUUCACGCCAUAGGGAACUGUGCUAGAGUACAUCCGGAAAGUAUUCAUAAAGCUUCACUUUUUCCACCCUUUUUAUGUUACAGCCUUAUUCCAAAAUGGAUUAAAUUCAUUUAUUUCCUUAAAAUUCUUCACACAGUACCAUGUAAUGACAAUGAGAGAAAAGAUUUUUUUGGAAAUGUUGCACCUUUAUUAAAAAUAAAAAAAUGAAAAAAGACAUUUACAUAAGUAUUCACAGCCUUUGCUCAAUACUUUGUUGAUGCACCUUUGGCAGCAAUUACAGCCUCAAGUCUUUUUGAAUAUGAUGCCACAAGCUCAUUGUCCUGCUGAAAGAUGAACCGUCGCCCCAGUCCGAGGUCAAGAGCACUCUUAUGCAGGUUUUCAUCCAGGAUGUCUCUGUACAUUUCUGCAUUCAUCUUUCCCUCUAUCUUGACCAGUCUUCCAGUUCCUGCUGCUGAAAAAUCCCCACAGCAUGAUGCUGCCACCAUCAUGCUUCACUGUAGGGAUGAUAUUAAUUUAGUGAUGAGCGGUGUCUGGUUUUCUUCAAACAUAACGCCUGGCAUUCACUCCAAACAGUUCAAUUUUACUCUCAUCAGACCAGAGAAUCUUAUUUCUUACAGCCUGACAGUCCUUCAGAUGCCUUUUGGCGAUUUCCAGGUGGGCUGCUAUGUGCCUUUUACUAAGCAAUGGCUUCUGUCUGGCCACUCUACCGUACAGACUUGAUUAGUGGAUUGCUGCAGAGAUGGAUAUCCUUCUGAAAGGUUCUCCUCUCACCACAGAAGAACACUGCAGGUCAGACAGAGUGACCAUUGGGUUAUUGGUCACCUCCCUGAGUUUCAUUCUUCCACUUACGAAUGAUGGAGGCUACAGAAAUUGGAUGGAGCAGCAGAAAUUUUUCUAUAACCUUCCCCAGCCUUGUGCCUCGAGACAAUCCUGUCUCGGAGGUCUACAGACAAUUCCUUUGUCUUCGUACUUGGUUUGUGCUUUGACAAGCACUGUCAACACUGGGACCUUAUAUAGACAUGUGUGUGUACCUUUUCAAAUCAUGUCCAAUCAACUGAAUUUACCACAGGUAAUCUCCAAUUAAGCUACUGAAACAUUUGAAGAAAGAUCAGUGAAAACAGAAUAUUCCUUAGCUCAAUUUAGAGCUUCACUUCAAAGGCUGUGAAGACUUAUGUACAUGUGAUUUUUUUAGUUUUUCAAUUUUUAAUAAAUUUGCAACAGUUUCAAAAAAUUGUUUCUCUCAUCCUCAUAAUGGGGUAUUGUGUGUAGACUUUUGAGGAAAUAAAUUAAUUUAAUCCAUUUGAAAUAGGGCUGUAACAUAAGAAAAUGUGGAAAAAGUGAAGCGAUUGAAUACUUUCCGGAUGCAAUGUAUAUGGUUUUAACAAUCAUUGUUGUCAGUAACCUAUAACAUGUACAGUAGCUUAUAAAUAACAAUACCACGCUAAAAACCAAUGAACAAAUUUGAACAAAAUUUCUACAAAACUUAAUAUCGGGUUCCUCCUAAUGGCAUUUGUACUUUGAUUUAAUACUUGAAUUUUAGUUAUGACCUGUGUUUUGAUUCAGGACAAGUUGGUGCGUGUGUAAGUGUGCCCUUUUUGUAACACUUUAUGAAUCAUGCCUAAAUAAUACUAGGGGGCUAUGUUAUGGUGUGUGUAAAAGAUAUGUGUAUGUGUUUGGUCUGAGAAUGAGGUGUUGGUUUUGGUCUGAUCUCUAACCCUACAAUUUUUGCCCAUCGAAGCAAUUCUGAAUGUGAUCAGAAAUUAAAAGUAGUUUUAUAAUG